AUGACGACUUUAUCUGCAUUACCAUCUGCCUCAAGUAGCUCAUCUACUGCAGGGGCACAGGGGAACAACAAGAGGACAAGGGCUGAUCUUCAUGGUCAAGAAGGAAGUACUGGUGGGAACUCGCUGGAUCAAAAAAUGAUGUCUGCUGGUGGUGGUGUCGAUAGCCCUGAAGUGGAGCUGACGCUGUUCGAAAUGCGACAACUAUUGUACACCUUGGAUUAUGGCCUUUGUACAACUGACAUUAUCGAUGAGCCAACAGACAUCAGCAUAAGCACAUCUAAGUACUCAGCUAGACCUGUAAAUUCAUUCUAA